UAUUGCUGUAAUUUUUUAGGUACCUAAAGAGCAACUGUUGUUAUCUAUUCCUCUUUUAAUCAAUCAUCUUCAAGCAGAAAGCAUUGUGGUCCAUACUUACGCAGCACACGCUCUUGAAAGGCUGUUUACCAUGAGAGGAACAAACAAUACCACACUCAUUACAGCUGCAGAAAUGGCACCGUUUGUAGAAGUGCUGUUAACAAACCUUUUCAAAGCAUUAACACUUCCUGGCUCAUCAGAAAAUGAAUACAUAAUGAAAGCAAUCAUGAGGAGUUUUUCUCUGCUACAGGAAUCUAUAAUUCCAUAUAUCCCUUCUGUCAUCACACAGCUUACACAGAAGCUACUGGCUGUCAGUAAGAAUCCAAGCAAACCUCACUUCAACCAUUACAUGUUCGAGUCGAUAUGCUUGUCAAUAAGGAUAACGUGCAAAGCAAACCCUGAUGCUGUUGGAAGCUUUGAGGAGGCUUUGUUCAUGGUGUUCACUGAGAUACUACAGAAUGAUGUGCAAGAGUUCAUUCCAUAUGUGUUUCAAGUGAUGUCCCUACUUCUGGAAAUGCACAAAAAUGAAAUCCCAUCAUCCUAUAUGGCAUUGUUUCCUCAUCUACUUCAGCCAGUGUUAUGGGAAAGGACAGGAAAUAUUCCUCCUCUGGUCCGACUCCUGCAGGCUUAUUUAGAGCGAGGUGCCAACACAAUAGCAAGUGCUGCUGCUGACAAAAUUCCUGGGCUAUUAGGUGUGUUCCAGAAGUUGAUUGCCUCUAAAGCUAACGACCAUCAAGGAUUCUAUCUUCUAAACAGUAUUAUAGAGCAUAUGCCCCCUGAAUCAGUUGACCAAUACAGGAAACAGAUCUUCAUUCUACUGUUCCAAAGACUUCAGAAUUCCAAAACAACAAAAUUUAUUAAAAGUUUCCUAGUCUUCAUUAACUUGUACUGUGUAAAAUAUGGAGCAUUAGCUCUUCAAGAAAUAUUUGACAGCAUACAGCCAAAGAUGUUUGGAAUGGUUCUGGAGAAAAUUAUAAUUCCUGAAAUACAGAAAGUGUCCGGACAAGUCGAAAAGAAAAUCUGUGCAGUUGGCAUUACAAAAAUAUUAACAGAAUGUCCUCCUAUGAUGGACACUGAGUACACCAAGCUGUGGACUCCUUUGCUGCAGGCACUCAUUGGCCUCUUUGAGCUGCCUGAGGAUGACACUAUCCCUGAUGAAGAACAUUUCAUUGACAUAGAAGAUACUCCAGGAUAUCAGACUGCAUUCUCUCAGCUAGCCUUUGCUGGAAAGAAAGAACACGAUCCUGUAGGUCAGAUGGUGAACAAUCCUAGAAUUCAUCUGGCACAGUCUCUUCACAAACUCUCUACUGCAUGUCCAGGCAGGGUUCCAUCCAUGCUGAGCACUAGUCUGAAUGCAGAAGCGUUGCAGUAUCUCCAGGGAUACCUCCAAGCUGCAAGCGUGACGCUGCUCUGAGCUGCGUGUAUUUCACAAGCAAGAUCAAAAGCUGUUUUGUUACACAGAAAGUUGACACUGACUUUUUUUAUAGCAGCGCUCAGACAAAAUGAAAAAUGCUACUUGAAAAUGUAUUGCAGAAUCCAUCUUGUAAAAGAUAAAUGUGGCUUUAAGCAGAAAGAAUUUGGUGGUGUGCGUAAUCAUAGAUAAAAGGUGGUUAACUUCCAUUCCCAGUUUAAUUUCCAAGGGAAGAGUCACAGCGGUUUGCUAUUUGCUACGGGGUUUAUUUGAAAUCUGCAGCAUUUGGAUAAGUUUGAAAUGAAUGGAGAGCACUGGCUGUAGAAACUCACUUCGGUCACUAAAAUUCCUUUUUAUUUUGAUGUUGUCCUUUGUAAUUCUUUUGUCUUUCCUUAAACUUUAUCUAAAUUGUGAAUAAAUAAGAAGUACUUGUUUAAAAUGCCUGUCAUUGUGCACUUACUAUUUUAGAAGAGUGUAGCUGGCUUUAAAAAAAGUAGUGUUUUAAACAUAGAUUAUAAAAUAGUGAGAAUGUGAAGAUUUUUCUUUACCCUAUGUAAUAGCUUAAAUAUAUUGUAUGUUCACACAGAGCAAAUGUGAAACUUUGGCAGAAGAUCCAAAGCUGCUAUUACUCUUGAUAUUCAUCAACAGGUGCACCCUUCUCCUUAGAUGUGGCAGUGUAAUGCAGCAAAAGCAAGUAGUGUACCCUGCCACAGCGGAUAUUGGUCUCCCAAGUGGAUUUUUAGUAAUGUAUCAAAACAAGCAUUGAUCUUGUUUGGCUAGGGUGUUCUCCCUGUCUCCUUAUGAAUAUACUGAUUAGAUGUGGUGGCCCUGAGUUCUAAGUGCAUCCAUAUAACCUUGUAGUUGUAGUUGAUGAAAGGAGACAAGUUCAAUGCCUGAGCCUUACUGUGUUCUCAGAUGGUCUGGGCACCAAACUGCUAUGCUGUAGGCUGUUAGAGCACUAAUACUGCAGGGAUGUACAUACAUUUAAUUACAGAGACUGCAAGACUCCUGAAUAAGAGUGAAGUCAAACAGAUUAUAUAUAUUUUAAGUUACCUGACCAUGUAGAUCCUCCAGUUGACUUGAAUCAGUAUUGAGGUUUUAAAGUUACAAUGCCAGAUAAAGCUGGGCAUUGUAUCAAGAAAGUUACUGAAUUUACGGAAGGUAAAACAUAAGUCACCAUCAUCUUUUUUUUCAGUUCUUCUUUAAUAUCUGUUGCUGCUAUGUGGGAAUGCAUGUUGGCCAUCUCUCUUAAUGUGUAAAGUAAAGAGUUACUUGUCAGACAAUUAAUUUAAACUGCUUAAGUGCCUAAAAAAUGCAUUAAAUGAAUCGACAUCAACAGGUUUUCUUGAAUCAGUGUCAGACUGUCUUUGUUUAUAGGUAUGAAGUGAAAGCAAGACUCUAGAAUGAAAUAAUACAACAAUGACCAUGAGAAGCAUUUGCCUUAGUGCUGAUGAGACUGUGAUGAGCAUUGCAAGUUUGCAGAAGUUCUAUGCAGAAUAAAAAUUUCAAUAGGUUGAAACCA